AUGGCUGCCGGGGGCGGAUUGGAGGCUUUUGCGUGGUGGAUUCUGAUGGGGUUGGAGUGUUGUGUCGUUGGCGGUGUUGAGGGCUGGAUUAUUUACAUGGUGUACAAUGGCGGUGAUUUUGAGAUUUGGAACUGGCUAUCCGAGUUCGCGUCGCCGGCCCUGAUGAUCCUCCUCAGCGUCUCCCUCUCCGCGGCCCUCUUGCGCGGGGUCGGCUGUCUGAACAGGCUUGGGGAUUUGGGGUUCCAGGCGACCGGUCUGGUGCUGGCCACGUUUUGCGCCGUCGUGGUGUGCGCUGGUGUGAGUGGUGUUGAGGAGGGGGAGGGGCAGGACGGCGACAGGUUGGAGAAGAAGGGGGUGCGGGUCGUUGUCGGGUUGGCUGUCAAGAUGUGGUUCCUCUUCUUCAUUGGCUUCCUAUGUGCCGUGUUCCAGUGGUACAGCGAAGACCGGCAUACAAUAACAACAUCUGCGACGAACCAGCAGCCCCUACUACAAAAGAAGGGCAAGAAGAGGGAGAGGGGCUACGGCACUACCACGGGAGCAUUGGCGACCGUCGACGAGACGUAUGAGGGAAUUGUGAGCGACCUAUGA